GAAAUCCCUUAAGUCCCUCCUAAAAACUCUCUUCAUAGAAACGAACCCCAAACCCUUCUUAUAGCUGAAUAUUUUCAAAAAUUAUAUUUUCCUUAAAAGAAAAAAAUCCAUCGCCUCCCUCUGCCCGACGAACCAACAGAUCCUCAGAGUAUCCACCUCCAGUCGCAGAUCGUUAAAACUAACAGCCCGACGAACCAAAGCUUCGUCUCACUUUCCCUCUCUCUCUCGCAUUAUCUUCAGCAAAAAUGCUCUUGUGGAUGUGCGUGGACCAAUCAACCAUCUGGACGGCCAGCCUUUCGUGGUCGGUAUUCGUUCUCUUCUAUGUGUAUUUUCCACUUCCUCAUUAAAGUAAAAUAUACUAUGAACCCUAAUCUUUGACAUGUUAGCACCCAGCCCUCUUGGUAGGGAAAGUGGAUCUCUUUCAGCAACUGACAUGAUCGACCAAAUAAUGCUUGAAAAGAAUGGUAAAACCAGCGAGUAUUUCCCUAGAAAAGUAUCCACUGAUCGGAUAACUGCAAUUCAGGAAGCUUACUGGAGUAUGGCAUCUGCUCUCUCUGAAGCUGAUGGAAUUGAUUACACUGAUCCUGAAGAGCUCGAGUUGUUGAUCACAACUCUCAUAGAUCUGGAUGCAAUGGAUGGGAAAAGUAGUGUUUCAUUAUUGGCAGAAUGUUCAAGCUCUCCUGAUGUUAAUACUAGGAAAGCAUUGGCUAAUGCAUUGUCUGUAGCUCCAUCCAUGUGGACAUCUGGAUUGUAGUUCCUGGCAUUUCCCAUUUUGUCCUCGCUUGUUCCACCUGCGAUAGCAAGCACGAUAGCCAUACAACUCAAGAUGGGAGAGUUGGUCCUACUUUCAAUCAAAAUAUAUCAACUUGUUUGAUUUAGGCCAAUUGCAUUGCAUCAUCAACCAUUAGGAGUCAUUGCAUUGUAUUUCGAGCGGUCUCCAAUUGAUUCAGUUUUAAUCCGACGGCUAAGAAUUGUUUGGUUUGGGGUCUGUGUGGGCCCAUUUGGACUGUUUAAUUUUGUCUCUUUCUCCGAACUUACUCACUAUUUAUAUUUGUAUAUAUAUCUCUGUUUCUAAGUUUCUCUGUUAUAUUUGCAGAUAUGAGUGAGAAUAGUUCAUUUCUUUUGUCUCCUAAUUUAUUAAGCUCAGAAAUAUUAGAAGAAGAUGAUGAUGUUUUUUCAACUGGUUACUUAGAAGAUGCCUUGUUUGAAUUCACUAAAAAAUCAAAGAGAAGAUGUUUAUUGGUUUAUACUGAUCAUAAUCAUCAUCAUGAAAAUCUUCUCUCUAAGAGUUACUUGGACUCAUCAGCAGCAUCAUCAUCAUCAAUAUCUAAUUGGGAAAUUAUGUCAUCUCAUGAUCAGGAGAAUAAUUUCAAUUUUAUGACUCAUAAUUGGUGGGACAAUUUUAAACAAAGAGGAGAUGAAAACAAUAUCAUCAAUGUCAGAAGAAGAAAAAUCAUCACUUGAUUCAUCUUCAUCUUAUUAUUCUUAUAAUAAAUUAUUAGAGGUCUGUAGAGGGCUGAAAUGAUCAAAUAAAACUGAUGUUUCUUUCAAUUUGUAUUGUU